UUGAGGCUGACAAUGUGGAGGUUGUUAAGAUGUCUACCUCGCAGAUGAAAUGGUAUCAAUUGUAGCAAGAAAAAAGAUACAUAGAAGAGUUGUAGAGUUUGUGUGGAUGCAGAAACGCUAGAUUGUAUAAACGCCCUGGACUGUCCCUCAAAUCACGUUUAUAGAAGAACGGAGGAUGCAGUUGCUUCGGUUAAUCCGCCGAGUUUGAAACGUUGAAGGGAAUUCCCUUUUAAGUUUCACGCUAUUCCUACAGUGCCGUCCAUAUAUUUUCUGCUGUUCGAAGCCAGACUUUUAAUAUAAGAAGGAAGCUGGUUAUCUCCAAGUGGGAUGAACACGCAGCAGUCACACGGAAUGGCUGCUGUGGGCACAGACAAGGAGCUUAGUGACCUGCUGGACUUCAGUACGACGUUUGCUCCACCUGUGGGGAACGGGAAGACCCGGCCAAUGACGCUAGGCAGCAGCCAAUUUGUAGGCUCAGUGGAGGAACGUAACAGCCUGGGGUCCUGGGGACCGGAAGACGAGAACAGCCGCUCCCUCACUCAUGGACGGGGUUUUGGUGACAGCCCCCACUACGGCGAACAGGAUGGCCUGCCUCACUCUCCUUUCCUCAGUGCUGGGAUUGUUGGUAAAAACGAGCGGGGGCAUUACUCUUCCUUCGUGUCUCAGCCGGGCUUCUUAUCCAGCGACAUGGUCAUGCCCGGGCCUGACGCCCUGUCAGUCCCAGGGCUCAAGGCUCCGCCGUACUACACCUGCCCCAGCAACCCAAGAAGACGCCCUCUGGACACCCCUAUCGAAGCCCCGGUGAAAAAAGUGAGGAAGGUUCCUGCCGGACUUCCAUCUUCGGUCUACGCUUCCUCGUCAGGGGAGGACUAUAACCGGGAGAGUGCUGGUUAUCCUGGCUCCAAGCCUGGCCCUGUCUACCCGUCCUCCUUUUACAUGCAAGACAGUCCUGACACCUGGGCCUUGCCUGGAUCACUGGGUCAAUCCGGGUUCCCUUCUGUGCUGGGGAGUUCCCCUCAGCUGGGUCAGCCUGGCCCCUUUGCGGUCAGCCCCCAGGACAGGAUGAAGCGGCAUCCUGCCCUGUCCCAACAGAACUACCCCCUCCACGGCAGUGAGGUGAACGGUAGCUUAACCUCUGGUUGUCACGCUGGCUCGGGUGCCUAUGGGAUCUCCAAUCUCACCCCCCCCGUCAGUGGCGCAGAUGGCAUUCUGGUCAAUCGAGGUGUGACCGGGAGUUCAGGGGAUGAGAUUGGGAAGGCGUUAGCCUCGAUCUAUUCCUCUGACCCCAACGGAAACACCUUCCCGUCCAGCCCCACCACUCCCGUGAGCUCGCCUCAGAACAUCGCAGUGUCCCAGUGGUCGCGGGGAUCCGGACAGUCGUCCCUGUCGCCUGGUUUUGAGGGCGGGCUGCACGCACUGAACAAGCUGGAGGACCACCUGGAGGAGGCCAUCCACGUCAUGCGCGCCCACGCUGAUCAGAGCGACAUGAGCGGUUUGCUGAGCAGCCAGUCCUUUGCCGGUGCCAGCCUGGGCCUUGGUGCUCGUCACCCGGCUAUGGUUGGAAGUCACCAUGACGACCCACCGAGUCUGCCCUCUGGUGGUACUAUGUUACACGGACAUCGUGGAUCUGUUCCCACUCAGCUGAACACCCUUCCUGAGCUCAGUCAGCCGGACUCCUUUCCCAACCUGCCCAGUGGUAUUUCCCACUCCUCCCACUCCUCCAGCAGCUCCAACAUCAAGAGGGAGGACAAAGAGGAUGACGAGAACGCCUCCAUUGGUGAUAAGUCUGAAGAUGACCGAAAGGAAUCUAAAGGGCCGCGUGCCAGAAUGAGUCACGAUCACGAUGACGAUGACGAUGACGAUGAGGAUCUUCCUUUGGAGGUGAAGGCGGAGCGGGAGAAAGAGCGGCGGGUGGCCAAUAACGCUCGUGAGCGCCUGCGGGUGCGCGACAUCAACGAGGCCUUUAAGGAACUGGGCCGAAUGUGCCAGCUGCACCUGAGCAACGAGAAACCCCAGACCAAGCUGCUCAUCCUGCACCAGGCCGUUAAUGUUAUACUCAACCUGGAGCAGCAAGUACGAGAACGCAAUCUAAACCCAAAGGCUGCGUGUCUCAAGCGGCGGGAGGAGGAGAAGGUGUCAGGGGUGAUUGACCCCCAGAUGCAGCUGUCAGGACACCCUGGGCUGGGGACAGAGGGGCAGAACCCAGUCAGCCAUAUGUAACUCUCAGAUCCUUUGGAACUUCCUGGGAUCCUGGAAGAUGUGGCCUUAUUUUUUUUUUCCCCCCACCAUUCUUAGUGUGUGUACACAUUCUGUCAUUCUAUACGAAAGCCUAUUUGAGAAGAUGCAUGUUCACACAGCCACACACAUCUUAACCACGGAGACUGACAGAACCAGCUGUACUGUUGAGGAUGGCAGACAGCCGCAGGAAACGGUUCAGAUGUGCUGUUUACGGCAAACCAUUCUGCCAUGAUCUGAACAUCUGAUUUGGAAGCACCCAGUACAAAAACAGACCAUGAAACUCUGAGCCCUGAGAAAAAUCUCAUGAAAUGUAAAUGCAAACGUGCCUAACCAGCACAGUUUUAUAUGUCAACAAGCUGCCCAUGUUUGGAGACAAUAAGCGUCCCCCUCCUCGGAAAAAAAUUAUUUCUAACUGGGUUUAAUAGUAUGCAGAAACGUAGCUUGUAGAACCCAAUGUAGUGAAGAAUUCAGGCUUUCAAGUGCAGUUAUGUCCCAGAAUCCCCAUAAUGGGACUUCCAGUAUUAUAAAUCUUAAAGUUUAAUACCUCUAGACUUAACAUGGAUUAUUUUUCAGAUGACUGAGUCCAAUUUUUGUGUGUAACCACAGUAUUUCAAUCCUUUCUGCCUCGGUUGUGGGGCUGAAUAUAUGUUGGCUAAGUCCCAAGUGCUGUUUUAUAGCACAAAAUAAUGAAGGACCUUCUCUGAUGUCCCCUUCAGCCAGGCCCAACAGCAGCACAAAGCACCCAGCUCCAGUGAGCAGACUUACCGAUAGUCCUCCCUUUUUUGAGGGCUAUUCAGAUUGGUGUUUUAGUGCGGUCAUGAUCUUGAGCAGUGUUGACUCUCGCCUUUUUGUCAGUGCUAGUGGCACCAGAGUCUGUUCAGUAUACUAAGAUCCUGGAGUCGCUUUGCCUACAUGCUUCCAUAGACUUUUAAGCAAGGAAAUGUCCGGAGAUCGAGGAAGAGCAGGAAUUCUCAUCAGACCGACGAACAGCUCCAAAACAGCUUCCGAAGGAUGAAGUGGUCCUCUGGAGUCUGGAAGUGGCCGACUUUUGGCUGAAAGGCACUGGAAAGCAGCCUGGCCACCUGCGUGGAGAAUGCUGGGAAUCCCAAGAUGUUAAAGGAGCAAAGCUUUGGCAUAGGUCUCCUAGCCAGCGUGGCGUUCAGUUUUGAUUGCGAAGGAGUAGUAUUGGUCAACAUCCCACUAGCAAAACGAAGCAUGCAUGGAUCCUUUCAUAAACUUUUAUAUUGCAUAACAUAUAUUACAUUUUACAAUGGAUAUUGUGACAAACAGGAUAAGGUAAGAUGCAGGGAAAAAGAAAAUGCCACCACCAUUCACAACUAUAAUAAGCACUGUUUCCCUGCAGAUUUAAGUACUUGCAUACAGCUCGAUAUAGUUCAGUGGGCUGGUUUGGAAAUGGUGAAAUUGAAUGACUUAUGUAGUGGAAUAUAUAUAGCAAUCAAAAUCACCUUCAGGAAAAGGAACUGAGACUCCAUUGAAAGGUGUGUAAAUGUCAACUUGGCUUGUGACUUGAUUGCGAUUUUAAGAAAAAGGUGAAAUUCUCUAAGGUGAAUGUGUAGAAAUUACAUAUGCAAUUGGUUUUGAAUGUACGACGCAGAUUGGCGUUUCAAAUAGGCAGGCGUCCGCUCCUGUAAAUGCGUCCGGUCUUCUGUAUGGUUGCUGAAACUAUCCGCAUUAACGCUGUAUGCUGACAAUAGGCCAAGGGAGGCUGAUGCAUCAGACUGGAAGAAUAAAUGCUGGCGGCAGAAUAGCUGUUAGUCACCUUGCUGCAGGUGGGAGCCGAGUGGAUAAUGACCAUCCGCUUCUGUUAAUUUUAAGGUUUGUAAAACUUUAAAUGAAAGCAACAGAUGUUAGGUAAUGUGGCCAGACAUGAAACUGGAGAGUGAUACCUCAGUGCCUAAAUGUUUUUUUUUUUCACUCUGCCCCCCCUGCCUUGGUGUUGUAAUAUGUGGUUAUUAUUGUGUGGUUAUUGUUUUUGGUUUUGGGGAACUUCUGAGACAGCCGUGUUUUACGGUUGUAUUUCAAAUGCUUUGACGGCUUAUAGCAGGGCCCUCCGCCUCUCGUGUCUUGUACUAUUUAGGUUUUGCGUCAUUAUUUUUUUUUUAAUCAGAUGCCCUCCUUCCUGUUUUGAGCUCCAGUGGUGAAAAGGUGAGUGCAGCUCAUGGCACUGUUUACACUUACAAGAGGUUGUCAUGCUAUGACAUGACUGAUGUCGGAGGGUUAGGGGUCAUAGUUUGUAGAUAAGGCCUUUUUGAAUUAGCAUGCUACCUUGUGUGUUUGGUGGGUUCUUGCAUCACUUCUUCCCAUGCAUUUGAAGUGACACGUGGACAGUGCUGCAUAUUUUAAUGUGUUCUUGCAUUCAUAGGUGUGACUUCUGCCAGUUUCAUCCAGAUCAUUAUUGUUGCCUGGGCUGCACAUUCCUAGCUGUGUGCCAGUCAAGGAACACAUCCUAUUGUCAGAGAUUCUGAGGUGUCUUAGAAAAGGUGUGAUUCUUCUAUAAAAGCCGUUAUUUGGAAUUGCUUUGGGUCAUACAUAUGUAACUGGAAAAUUUUUUGGGGAUGGGUUGGGCUGAGUUAUAGCAAACAUACAGGCAACUGAGUUGUAUUGCAUUUUACUUCAUUAUGAAUUCAAUCUCUGCAAUUUGACCUGAAAUGGAAUUUUAGAUCGUUUUUAACGUGAAGAGCAGUGCUUGCUUUUGCACACUCCCGGUGCUGUCAGUGACAUAAAUGGCCUCUGAUCUUUGUGUAAUCAGCUGCCAAAAUAUUGACUUUAAAAGCCAGCGUAGUGAACUUGUCAGAUGCAGCUGAGCUCGAACCUGUGUGCGCAGCCAGUGUUCUCUAAAUGUCCAUGCGUGUCACGUUGUAUUCUGUCAAUGUGGGAAUGGAUUUGAAUGGAAUGCACCAGUAACCCUUCUUCCCUUCCCAGUGUAAAUACACUGAAGUGGAACCUUGCCAUCUCACAUUCAUUGAGGACACAACUGUUCUCAGAGUGCCUCAGACCCGGUUUUUAUUUUUAUAUUAUAUAUAUAAAUAUAAUCUAGUUAUUGAACUGUCCUGUAUAUAACAGUAAUGUAGCAAUAAAUGUGCCAUUUUUAAUAACAAAUAUACCCAAUGUCUUGUUUUAAAAACUUGUAUACAUAAAGAAACUUUGUAAUAAAGGUUUACUAUAAUCUGUGCUCUUGUUUUAUACAUAAACAAAAUUGCACAUCUUUAGAUUGGUGUGCAUAGUAUGUGCAUGUGUGACUUUUUUUUUGGGGGGGGGGGGUGUUUAUGAAUUUACUUGCUCCUUUUGAAAAUAUUUUUGAUUUAAAGGAAGUAGUGUAAGAAUUGCUCGAACUUUAGUGACAGAGUUUGCCGACGGGCGCUGGGCAUAAUUUAAGUAGUUCAUUUAAUACAAUUUACACAUUAUAUGGAAUCGUUCACUUUAUUUUUUACUUAAGAUUGAUACAUAAGGAAUGACACUUAUUCUUGUACUUCAACGCUACUUACACCCAACUUUCCAGUUUGUCUCAUGAAAUUCUUACUUGUACAAAUUAAUAAGAUUUGAUUCCCUUGCAGUUUUACAGGUUUGUGCCAAUAAACAUAGUUUUGUA